GUUAUCUAGAACUGCAUGACCCGAUUGCGAUAACGGAAAAAUAAUCAAAAACAAAAAACGGUUGAAGCGUGGGAUUAAGUUUUGCGCUUUUCAAAAGUGAAUCGCCGUUUUUCCAUAAUUUUUCCACCAAACAGCACCUUGUUCAGCCGACAUUACUGAUCCUCCAUCCUCUCCAAAUCCUUGGAGUGAGUUUGGUUCGUCAAGAUGGAGGAAUUGGGUCUGUUUGGAAUCAGUGGUUGGGUCAACCUCAGACUCAACUGGGAGGAAGAGUCGUACCCAGUGCCCAAAGACUUUUUGGUCCUUCCUUUGUUUGUUCUUCUCUUCCCUUCACUCAGGCUCUUCCUGGACAUUUAUGUCUUUGAGGGAUUAGCAAGACGCCUUAUGUUGGGAAAGCAGCAUGCAAUGCUGAAUGUUGAGACACGCCAUCAACGGAAGAAAAUUAAUAAAUUCAAAGAGUCAGCAUUUAAAUGUGUUUAUUUUUUCUCUGCGGAGCUUUUGGCCCUUUCUGUUACGUACAACGAGCCUUGGUUCUCUAAAACCAAAUACUUCUGGGUAGGGCCAGGCAAUCAGGUUUGGCCCGACCAGAAAACUAAAUUAAAAUUGAAGGCACUGUACAUGUAUUCCGCCGGAUUCUACAUUUACUCCAGCUUUGCUUUGGUGUUCUGGGAAACAAGGCGCUCUGACUUUUUGGUGUCAAUGGCUCAUCAUAUAGCAACUACGGUUUUACUUGUGUCGUCUUACAUAUUCAAGUUUUCUCGUGUUGGCUCGAUUAUUUUAGCCCUCCAUGAAGGAUGCGAUGUGUUCUUAGAGAUUGCCAAGUUGUCAAAAUAUUGUGGCUAUGAACUGAUGGCCGGCUUUGCUUUUGUUAGUUUUGUUCUUUCUUGGACAGUACUGCGUCUUAUUUAUUUUCCAUUUUGGAUAAUUUGGAGUACCAGCUACGAGUCUCUUUUGACCUUGGACAAGGAGAAGCACUUGGUGGAUGGAUCUAUAUAUUAUUACUUGUUUAAUACUCUUUUACUUUGCUUGCUCAUUUGUCAUAUUUAUUGGUGGAUGUUGAUGGUUCGGAUGCUCAUGAAGCAAAUUCGUGCAAGAGGGAAAAUUGAUGAUGAUGUUCGAUCUGAUUCUGAAGGUGAGGACGAACAUAACGAUUGACAGCGAAAAAUGACAAUGUCCAAAAGUGAGGAUGUAUUCAUAAGAUCAUACUGAAACAGUUCUUACCAGCUUUUGAGGGCUUUUUAUGAGAUCCAUUAUGUAAUGUCCUUUAAUCCGGAAAGUAAAGCUGUUUGUCCAUAAUUUCACGUUCACACGCAGCCUUGUAGUUGUGAUUGUUUAAACGAUUGUGGUUUAUAAAAAGGCAUUGAGUUUGGGCAAA